GAACCAGCGGCAGGUCGAACAGCUGCAGAGGAGAUGAAUCAGCUUCUGUGGCGAGACAAGCGCCUGGUGGAAAGGUUGGGAAACAGCUCUCCCAAUGUCCUCCCUCCAGGCUCCCCAGUCACCAUGGCCCCUCAAAGAUCCAACACCUCCUGGGCACCCGUGGAUCCAGUGGUCAGACCCGAGGAGCCAAUAUUCCUCAUGACGUCCACAGCUCAAACCAUAUCAGGGUUUUUUGUUUGGACCGCUCUUCUGAUCACAUGUCAUCAGAUCUACAUGCACCUGCGUUACUACAGCUCCCCAAACGAACAGAGACACAUAGUGAGGAUCCUCUUCAUAGUCCCCAUCUACGCCUUCGACUCCUGGCUCAGCCUUCUCUUCUUCACCAAUGAGGAGUAUUAUGUAUACUUUGACACGAUCCGAGACUGCUACGAAGCCUUUGUCAUCUACAACUUUCUGAGUCUGUGUUAUGAGUAUCUGGGAGGAGAGAGCGCCAUCAUGGCUGAAAUCAGAGGGAAAUCCAUUGAGUCAAGCUGCAUGUACGGGACCUGCUGUUUGUGGGGAAAGACCUACUCCAUCGGGUUCCUCAGGUUUUGUAAACAGGCAACUCUCCAGUUCUGCGUUGUCAAACCCCUGAUGGCAGUGAUCACUGUCAUUCUCCAGGCCUUCGGGAAAUACAAAGAUGGAGACUUCAAUGUGGCUAGUGGCUACCUGUACGUCACUAUUAUCUACAACGUCUCUGUCAGCCUGUCACUCUACGCUCUCUUCCUCUUCUACUUUGCUACACGUGAACUGCUCGUCCCUUACAACCCCGUACUCAAGUUCUUCAUGGUCAAGUCGGUCAUCUUUCUCUCCUUCUGGCAGGGGAUGCUGCUGGCCAUCCUGGAGAAAUGUGGAGCGAUUCCUCAGAUUAACUCGGCCGACUUCUCUGUGGGUGAAGGGACGGUUGCCGCCGGCUACCAGAACUUCAUCAUUUGCAUCGAGAUGUUCUUCGCUGCCGUUGCUCUGCGCCACGCCUUCACUUACAAGGUCUACAUGGACAAAAGGCUGGACUCGUACGGUCGCUGCGCCCCGAUGAAGAGCAUCUCCAGCAGCCUGAAGGAGACCAUGAAUCCAGGGGAUAUGGUCCAGGACGCCAUCCAUAACUUCUCCCCAGCCUAUCAGCAGUACACCCAGCAGUCCACGCUGGAGCGGGGCGGGGGGCCGUCCCUGUCCCGCAGCCACAGUAACCUCAGCACCCGCGGAGACAACGAGAAAACCCUGCUGCUCAGCUCUGACGACGAGUUCUGA